AUGUGCGUGCCCAUCAGCAAUCAGCGGAAUCCCACUGUACCGUCGCGUCGUUCUAACGACUGUUACUACUGCACGAGGACUGCCACUGUGGUGCUAUCCGCUUGCUUCACGAUUCUUUCGCUGGUGGUGGUCGUAGCGCCGCCCGGCAGCCUCGCUGCGACUGUGUGCCAGCAGUAUCCUGGAUACAUCUCCAAGCCAGACGUCGAUCGCUACGGUGAUGACAUCGGAAACUUUGGGGCCAAUGCACUGGCCACCUGCAACAGUAAUCCCAGCUGCAAAGCCUUCAACACCGCCGGCUGGGUCAAGAGGAGCGCCACGCCCCAGACAGCUGCUCCAGGGUCGUGUCUGUACGUGAAAGUGUGCGAACAGUAUGCUGGAUACACCUCAAUCCCGAACGUGGAUCGGUACGGUGACGAUAUCGGAAACUUCGGGGCCAAUGCGCUGGCCCAGUGCAGCGGUGAUCCCAGCUGCAAGGCCUUCAACACCGCCGGCUGGGUCAAGAGGAGCGCCACGCCCCAGACAGCUGCUCCAGGGUCGUGUCUGUACGUGAAGAAGGCGACUGUGUGCCAGCAGUAUUAUGGAUACAUCUCCAAGCCAGACGUGGAUCGCUACGGUGACGACAUCGGAAACUUUGGGGCCAAUGCGCUGGCCACCUGCAACAGUAAUCCCAGCUGCAAAGCCUUUAACACCGCCGGCUGGGUCAAGAGGAGCGCCACGCCCCAGACAGCAGCUCUGGGGUCGUGCCUAUACGUGAAAGUGUGCGAACAGUAUGCUGGAUACACCUCAAUCCCGAACGUGGAUCGGUACGGUGACGAUAUCGGAAACUUCGGGGCCAAUGCGCUGGCCCAGUGCAGCGGUGAUCCCAGCUGCAAGGCCUUCAACACCGCCGGCUGGGUCAAGAGGAGCGCCACGCCCCAGACAGCUGCUCCAGGGUCGUGUCUGUACGUGAAGAAGGUGACUGUGUGCCAGCAGUAUCCUGGAUACACCUCCAAGCCAGACGUGGAUCGCUACGGUGACGACAUCGGAAACUUUGGGGCCAAUGCACUGGCCACCUGCAACAGUAAUCCCAGCUGCAAAGCCUUCAACACCGCCGGCUGGGUCAAGAGGAGCGCCACGCCCCAGACAGCAGCUCUGGGGUCGUGCCUAUACGUGAAAAGCUCAUGGUCUCUCACCAUUUUCGCACUUUGGAAACGCCCUAGCAAAUUCUGGACCGAUCGUACAGUUCAGUACCAGUGGCCAGUGCGAACUGCAGCCGAGCCAUGGUUGACCGCGGAUUUGUUGAAGAGGACGUCCAACAGGUCGAAUGCCAGGCUGCGGCGUGAGCGCAAGCCUCGCCUCGCCGGCUGCCGUAGCAUGGACCGCAUUGCGCUCGCGCCUAGCAACCUCCUCGUGCUCCAUUCGCUCACGCUGGGCCUCACAACAGCAUCAUCAAGCCUAACUGGUGCAAAUCCAGCUCGGUCGCUCACCGGAGCGUUUGGUGCUAGCGGUUUCAUCCCGCAUUGA